AAGCUUGGGUACUGAAUAACCGUGCCUGUCUAAAAAAAAAAACAUAACUAAAAACUUUUAAAAACACCUGUAUGAGAAGAGGAAUUCUACGUGCGCCGUCUUUACCGUAAAGCCGCUUGUUGAGCCCGCCCUCUCUUUGAUAAAAAACUGUGAUGUCGCUUCGUCUUUAACGAGCUUGACCCAGAAGAACCCAGGGAAGGAGGGGAAAAGAGGGGAGAAAACACACCAUAACGGAAUAGUCUGGAAGGGGUCGGGACAAGGUUUAAACGAGCAAGUCCAUUCCUCCCUGUUUUCUGGGCUUGGUGGUUCGGUGACCUUCUAUCCAUGAGCAACUAGAGCUCACCUCUACGACCAAACCACGCCCACAGGUGAAGUGUGUAUGGAGCAGUGUGAGAGCGCAGCAGCUCUCCUGGAGUCGGUCAGGGAGCAGGAGGUGCAGUUUGAACAGCUGACCCGGGCGCUGGAGGAGGAGAGGAGGAGAGUGGGCCUCCCUGCCACCAGCCCCUCGGCCCUGGGUCGCCCCCUCCCUCACACACAGAACGGGCGUUUAGGGGAUGCAGACAUAGACCGUCUGAAACUGACUGACUCCUACAUAAACGGCACACAGUACAGAAUGGUGGACCCUGCACACGGGGCUCUGGAUGAGAGCUACACACCAGAGGACGACUCCCAGGAAGUACACUCUGUCUUUUCUGACGACGGAACCACUCGACGACCAGACAAUGGCAUGAAGAAACCAAUCUCACGCACAGUCCUGCCCUCUGACUCGAUGUCCAUCGACGGAGGCUUGUCGGUGUCUGGUAUGGGCGGCUACAGCGCCACACUGGACCGUCCUUACAGACAAGCUGGACCAGUAGAUUACCCCACGGCCACAGUUCCCAGAAACUACCACUAUGCCCCUGUUGGCGGUUACGGCGACUACCGGGGAGGCCCACCAUCAGAGGCAUACACUAGCCUGAGCAGGGGCUCGCACAUGGACGACCGCUACAGGACAGUUGACGGCUACAGGACCCUGGACUCUGGCUACCGGGCGCCAAGCCGCCAGCAGCUUGACCCGUAUGCAGCACAGCCCCAGGUGAGCCGUGGAAUGAGGGCCUUGGGCUCAGCGUUGGAGGUGCGGUACGGCCACGGCCACUACGGCCUGGAGGAUGACCAGCGCAGUGUAGGAUAUGACGACUAUGGCAUGGGGCCUCCACCCAUGCACCCUGGGGGCUAUGGUACCAUGCCACGCCUAGGGCCCGGCACCGGUGGUAUGGACAGACGGAGACUCAGGAGCUGUGAGGAUACUUUGGACGGCAACAUGGGAGGAGUUGAUCCGUAUACCUGGGAUGUUUCCAUGCCAAUGGAGAGGGGGAGCAUGGCUUCACUGGACAGCACACUGAGGAAGGCUCCGCCUGGUUCGUGGAGACAGCCAGAGCUGCCGGAGGUCAUCGCCAUGUUGAACUACCGUCUGGACCCUGUCAAGACAAACGCUGCCGCAUUCCUCCAGCAUCUCACAUUCAAAAACGAUAAGGUCAAGUCAGAGGUGCGUCGUCUAAAGGGCAUCCCAUCCUUGGUGUCACUGCUGGACCACCCCAGCAAGGAUGUGCACCACUCGGCCUGUGGAGCACUGAAGAACAUUUCAUAUGGGCGAGAUCAAGAAAACAAGAUUGCCAUCAAGAACUGCGAUGGAGUCCCCGCGCUGGUCAGGUUACUUAGAAAGACCCACGACCAGGACCUCACUGACACUAUAACAGGCACCUUGUGGAACCUUUCAUCCCAUGACUCAGUAAAGAUGGAGAUUGUGGACCACGCCCUGCAUGCCCUGGCUGACGAGGUGGUCGUUCCUCACUCUGGCUGGGAGCGAGGGAGCAAUGGAGGAGAGGAGAGCUGCAAACCACGCCAUCUGGAGUGGGAAACCGCCUUGACCAAUACUGCUGGUUGCCUUAGGAAUGUGAGUUCAGAACGCAGCGAGGCCAGGAGAAAGUUGAGAGAAUGCACAGGAUUGGUGGAUUCACUCAUGUACGUUGUGCAAUCACAAAUCAACCGCAAAGAUGUGGAUAACAAGUUGGUGGAGAACUGUGUCUGCCUCCUGAGGAAUCUGUCCUAUCACGUUCACCGGGAAGUCCCCGGCAGUGAGCGCUACGCAGAGACCACACCCCUCAACCAGGGGCCUGCCCCCGCUAACAAAGGAGGCUGCUUUGGCUCUCGAAAGGGCAAAGAUGAGUGGUUUUCAAAAGGAAAGAAGGAUGGAGAUGAUGGGAGUGGAGAUCAAGUCGACAUUCCAAAGAGGACAACACCUGCCAAAGGUUACGAGCUGUUGUUCCAACCAGAGGUGGUUCGUGUUUACACAUCGCUGCUCCGAGAGAGCAAGAACCCCUCGGUGCUUGAGGCCGCUGCCGGUGCCAUCCAGAACCUGUGUGCCGGCCGAUGGGCUUAUGGUCGGUAUAUCAGGGCUACUGUGCGUCUGGAGAAGGGUCUUCCCAUGAUGGCAGAGCUACUGGCUCAUGGCAAUGACCGUGUGGUUCGGGCAAUGUCCGGGGCCUUGAGGAACCUCUCCAUCGACAACCGUAACUGCCAACUGCUCGGUUUGCAUGCAGUGCCUCACCUUGUGGCCAACCUGCCUGGAGGCCAGAAUCAGUCUGGUCGCACUCUAUCAGAGGAGACUGUGGUGUCUGUAUUGAGCACACUCACUGAGGUGCUAGGCAACAAUGUGGAAGCAGCAAAGACCCUCCGAGCCUCGCAGGGCAUUGAGAGGCUGGUGCUUAUCAACAAGGAUGGCAAGCGCUCAGAGCGUGAGGUGCGGGGGGCCGGCCAAGUGCUGCAGCUUGUCUGGGCCCACAAAGAGCUGCGCAAGCCUCUUGAGAAAGAUGGCUGGAAGAAGACUGAUUUCAUGGUCAAUCUCAGCACCACAAACGGCCCGAGCACACGAGCCAACGGUACCUAUGAAGACAGCACCACGCCACUGCUAGACAGAGGGGAAAAGAGGGACAUGAUUCCACUAAAUGACCUCGGCCCUGAUGCCUACUCUACACUGGACCAAAGGGAGAGGAGACACACUCUGGAUGAAACCACAGACACAUUGCCGCGAGGGGUGUAUGGGGGCAGAAAGGGCUCCUUGCCCCUGUUGGACUCCUACGAUGAAAAACUGAUAGUGUGCAUCACCCAGACUGGGCCAUCCCUGCCCUACCACUGCUACUGAGGAGAGAAGAUCCAGAUGCACAGACUCUCUCCCUCUCGUCCCC